AUGUCUUCGGGAUCCAAUGGUGCCCGGCGCAUAGCGUUGGCUCUGCGGCCCUCUGUGGUCGACUCGAGAGUAUGCAGAAGCUGCCAACAGACCCUCGUCCGCCGUGACUACACCUCAGCCGCUGCGACGCCGCUAGAAUCCACCUCCUCAACAAUCAAUGCCUCCCCCGUCCACCCCGUCGUGUCCGCCAGCCACAUCAUCAAUGCCGGAGUCCUCCUCUCCCGCCCGCCCCAGAUCACCCGCGAUCUGACCCCCUUCGAAAAGUCCUACUUCUUCUACCAAAAGCGCCUGAACGAGCGUCUCGCCCUCCCCUUUACGAAAUACUUCUACUUCAAGCCCGGAACCCCCGCCGACGAGGACUGGAAGCGGCGGGUGCGCGAGCGCCAGACCCCCGCACGGGACAUUGGCAAGUACAAUGCGUACUCGAAAGACGCAUGGAACGACGAAUUGCUGGUUGGGUCGAAGGAGUCGGAGCCGGAGCAUAUGGUCGAGGCGCUGGUGAAGGAUGCCGAGGAGACGGCCAAUGCUACUUCGCAGGAUACGAGUAAGAAAGAGGAGAUUCCGCGGCCGUUCCCGCGGGUGACGGAGGCGGAUACCAAGGGUGAUCAGAAGAGUCUGAACCGGUUGUUGCAGAGGACGCUGUAUCUGCUUGUGCAGCAUAAGGAUGGGUACUGGAAGUUGCCUAGUUCUCCUGUGGAGACGGGUGAGGAUCUUCGAAUGGCCGCUGAACGUACCCUCGCACAAUCUGCCGGAGUCAACAUGAACACCUGGAUGGUUGGCUACCACCCCGUCGGCCACCACGUCUACAACGCCCGACAACCGAAGCCCGACCAGACCGGCCGAACAAUCCUUGGUGAAAAGACUUUCUUCAUGAAGGGCCGGAUCAUGACGGGCCAGGCCGAUUUGAACGGAAACGUCCAGAACCUCAAAGACUUCAAGUGGGUGUCCAAGGAUGAGAUCCCGAAGUUCGUGCUGCGGGAAUACUGGAGCAACAUCAGAGAUAUGCUGGCCGAACGGUAA